UGCACGUGUCACCGGCGGCAUGUACAAGGAGUCGGGGUAUUGGGAUUCUCGCUAUGAGCGGGAGAGGGAGCUGCCUGCUGCCGGAGGACAUGAGUGGUUCGGCCUGUACCCGGACUUCGCUCCCCUAGUGAGGAGACAGCUGCGGCCCGGAUUGCGAGGACUGGUGCUGGGAUGUGGCACCAGUUCACUGAGCUCUUAUCUGUAUAAGGAAGGUGUGAGCCCCAUCAUCAGCAUUGAUUACUCUCCAAUUUGUAUAAAAGAAAUGACAGAGAGAAAUGCUGGCAUUCCUGAAAUGAGCUGGAUGGUAAUGGAUGCUCGAAAGCUUCAGUUUCCUGAUGGAAGCUUUGACCUGGUUAUUGAGAAAGGAACUUUGGAUUCAAUGAUGGUGGAUGAGAAGGACCCUUGGAACAUUACCCCAGCAACUGUUAGCUUAGUAGAUGAAGUGCUGAAUGAGGUUAGUCGGGUCCUCGCCCCCAGCGGAUGCUUCAUUUCAAUCACAUUCUCCCCUCCUCAUUUCCGUACCCGACACUAUGCACAGCCUAAAUAUGGCUGGUCUGUGUCAUGUGACACUUAUGGAAGGGACUUCCAUUAUUUUCUGUACACUAUGCUGAAAGGAGGAAAGUUGACACACCGUGAUAUUGAGAGAGGACAAAGUCUUCAUAAGCCACGUGUUAUCCCAGACGCAAUGCCAACAAUAUCAGAGUACGAAGAUGAGGACUUCCUAAGAGAGAUCCAACUAUGAAUAUAAAUGACAAUUUCAGAAAACUUUGGUGUUAAUCUGAACUAAUGUCAUUGUAUUGACAAAACAAAAGGAUGUAAGAAAUUGAACUGUUCACAUCCAGGUAGAUGAGGAAACAGAUAUUCAUCAAAGCGCCUUUGAAUCUGUU